GCAGGUCACGGUCCUCCGCAACGGAGUAGACUGGAUCUUUGCAUUCAACCGACAUACGACCUUGCUGCUAGUUAAUUUCCCCCCACUGGACGAGCACAAAAUUACUGGCCUACUGCCUUUGAUAUAAAUGCGGAUCCCGGCUUUCCUCCGUCUUGUUCUAAAAUCCAUUAAGCCAGAUGACGAGCUUCACAUGGUUGUCGCCGAGGAGAUUCUGCGACAUUAUAGCACUACUGAGUUAAGUAUGCACCUCCUGGGUUUCGUAACCGUCGACUUCGUACUAUCAGUAGACGAAGAUCCCGUGGUAGCUAUCACUGGGAGCUAUAAGCUCGAGCACAGGCUGAUACUCCCUCCGAGCACACCAACGCUCACGGCGGCGUGGCAAGCGCUGGACGAGUUUGAUGCGGAGAUUGAGGCAAUCCUGCAGGAUUCCAUGCAGGACAGCUCGUUGCUCCAGAUGGACAGCCGAGUAACUAUGGAUUGGCUGGUCGCCUCCGGUUUCGCCGAGGACAAGCGUGAUCAGUAUUACUUGUUUCCGUUAGGAGGAGUGGUAUCGGUCAACAACAGGUACAAAUUUGAUGACCGGUAUCAUAGCUGGCAGGACUCUAGUGGCGAAGAUACAACCUGAUGCCAUGGAGCCCCCAAGGCGGCUGCAAAUUGAUAAUCUAUCACAACAAAGCUGCCAAUUCACAGCUUUCGGUGGCCAUCGUACUACCAUCAAACCGUGUCUCCUUUUCUCGAGAUGGACGGUCGGAGGAGGUGGGAUCUGUGAGGGGCCGCAGGCGGUGGCUGGCAGGGUUGGGAUCAAUUCUCAAACAGGGUGUUCAAUCUGCUCGGAUCAGCUCUUCAACAGCCCAGAUGCUGUAUUUUUUGCUUUCGACAUGAGUGUAACGCACCCUAUAUGU